CGAGGCGCGCGUGGAUGGAGCGCCGUCGGUGCGGCUGAUCAGUCCGGUUCCCAGCCGAGGUGCGCCCCGCAGCAGCGCAGCGGCACAGGCCACUCGAUCCGCGCCGAGGCCCGCAGCGAAAGGAUGGCACGCUCCCCGUGAGGUCAAUGUGGUCACUACAGCAGCUCUCUGAGGUAGUUGUCAGUCGACAGAGAUUUUGGACUUCGUCCACAGGGCUAGUCUCUAUAGCAACCUCCUCCUCCUCCUCCUCCUCCUGAACAUCCAUCGCCAAACUACCCUCCCUGCCACACGGCGCGAAUCUCCCCUUUCAUCCGGCCAAUCGCUGCAUCAGAAUGGACACCGAGUCGACACACUCCGGCUACUCCUAUCACUCCAGCCGCUCCGGGAGAUCUAACAGACAUGGGGAGCGGAGCCGCGAGCGUCACAAGGCCAGCAGCAGUAAGGACAGCAGUCGCUCCGAGAGGUCGGUCAUCAUCAACCCCCCCGACACGCCCUCGCAGGAUUCCCCCGUCCAGAACGGAGAGCCCCUGCCAGGAGAACCCGCGCCGCCGGCGGAACACGGAGACGAGGCACAGGAUGACAACUGGGGGGAAACCACCACCGCUGUGACGGGGACCUCCGAGCUGAGUUUGUCCCAGGAGGAGGUGGUCGGUCUGGGGAAGGGCACGGAGGACGGGGUCCAAACAUGCCGGCGCUACGUUCCUCUGGCUCUGGGCCUGUGCGUGGGGCUGAUUGUGCUGGCCACCCCACUUGCCUUCCUGGUGCUGCCGGCUAUGAUGUGGCCCGACAGGCUGCAGGCCUGCGGCGCGGCCUGCGAGGGCCUCUUCCUCUCCAUAUCCUUCAAACUCCUCAUCCUCAUCCUGGCGGUCUGGGCUCUGUUUCUGCGUCCGUCCCGUGCCAGCCUGCCCAGAGUGUGUGUGUUCCGCGGCUUCCUUGCCACGCUCACACUCCUGCUCAUCAUGUCCUAUUGGCUCUUCUACGGCGUCCGGAUCCUUGACGCACAGGACGAGGACUACCACGGCAUCGUCCAGUUCGCCGUCUCGCUGGUGGACUCCCUGCUGUUCGUUCACUACCUGGCCGUGGUGCUGCUGGAGCUGCGCCACCUGCAGCCCUGCUACAGCGUGUGCGUCAUCCGCUCCACGGACGGAGAGACGCGCCACUACAACGUAGGGCAGCUCAGUAUUCAGAGAGCAGCUCUGUCUAUUCUGGAGUUUUACUACAGGGAUUUUCCUCUCCAUAACCCGGCUCUGCUCUCUGCCUCCAAACACCGGGCUGCCAAGCACCUGGCUGGACUUAAAGUCUACAACGUGGAUGGCUCAGGCCCGGCGAGCACAGCGGGGGCCCAGCCCGGUAAUGGGAAUGCGUCACGGGCGAUGGUUGCGGCUGCCGCCAAGCGCAAAGAUAACACCCACAACGAGCUGUACUACGAAGAGGCCGACCACGAGAGAAGGGUCCGGAAGCGCAGAGCGAGGCUGGUGGUGGCGGUGGAGGAGGCCUUCACACACGUCCGCCGCAUGAAGAAGGAGGAUGAGCGUGCCGCUCCCUCGGACAUCAUGGACGUGCGUGAGGCAGCCCUUGCCAUCUUCCCCUCUAUGGCCCGCGCCCUGCAGAAGUACCUCCGCACCACCAGGAGGCAGCACUGCCACAGCAUGGAGAGCAUCCAGAAGCACCUGGCUUUCUGUCUGGUCAAUAACAUGAGCCCCAAGGCUUUCCUUGAGGCCUACCUAGUCCCCGGUCCGACCUUACAGUACGGCCCUGAGCGCUGGAUGGCUGAUCAGUGGACUUUGGUCAGCGAGGCGUCGGUCACCAGCAGCAUGAAGGAGGGGACCGAGUUCGCGCUGAGGUGUCUGGACUUUAGCUUAGCUGUCACCGUCAAGAGCAUUCCUUACAUCCGGGUGACGGAGGAGUACGUCGACCCCAAGUCCCACAAGUUUACACUUCUCCUCCAGUCAGAGACUUCCGUUUGAAAGGCGGGUCGUCGCACGGCGGACUGUUGCUGCUGACCUGGUGCCGAUUCCGGCUGUCAGGACUAUCCAACGGACGUUUAUUUAUAACUUUUGUACUUUUUACGUACUCUGGGUUUGACACCUUCUGUGUUUGUUUGGGUUUGUUUUGUUUUGUUUGUUUGUUUGUUUUGUCCUCCGAUGAUUCGCUGACAUCAAGAAUCAUCGUGACUUCCUCUGGGCACCAAGUUAGCCUAAUUUAUCGGACAGUCAGACGUUUAAAAAAAAACAAAAAAAAACCUAAACAAGCGCUAAUUCCCUGUGCUUGCCUAGCCACAAGAGAGAAGCCAGGGUGGGACGACAGAGCAGGAGGAGGUUUGUUUUCAUCUGUCUGUGCUGACUCUCCUCACAACACACUUCAUUCUUUCCUCUAUGCACUAUUCAUGACCCUGGCAAACUUUGUUCUCCCUUUUGUGUGUGUGUGUGUGUGUGUGUGUGUGUUGCCUCAUGUGCCAGUGCGUGCCUGCGUGGGUGUUUUAGAGUGAGUUUUCAUGUUUUAGGAAAGUACCCAGCAGAGUGUGUGUGUGUGGGUGUGCGUGUGUUUGUGUGUGUGUGCUUGCUUUUCUAUCCUUGUGAGGACCAAAUUUCCUCAUAAGGAUAGUAAAAUUAGAGACCGCCUAACUCGUGAGGCCGUCGGUCCCCAUGAGGACGGGGGUUAUUUCCGGGCUAGGGGUCAGGUUUAGGGAAUAGGGUUACGGUUGGGGCUUAUUUUUAGGUUUCGGGCUAGUAUUCCUGUUAGGCACUAGAAGUAGGCUCGUGGUUGAGGUCGGGGGUGUAGAUUGUUUAAAUGUGGGUUGUUUGUGGAUGACCGUAGGGUUAAGGUAGGGGUAAUGGUUAAAAGGUUGAGGUUGGGGUUGGUUUUAGGGUUUGAGGUUAAGGAAGAACAUGAAUUCCCACUCCCCACAAGGAUACGAAGACAAGUUUGCGUGUGUGUGUGUGUGUUCGCUCUACACACAGGAUUUGUUCUCAACCUGUCCCCACUUCCUCUUUAGUGUUGCUAUAGCAACGGUAACAUUUUUCCUAUUGCUCGGCUGAACAAAAAGCCCCGACUCACCCAGACUGUCCCGAUUCAUUCUCUGCCUGCUCCUCACGCAGUGAUUCUUUUACUAUCAUGUGUUGCAGAUUGUUAUGUAUAGUAUUUAUAUGUGUAUAUACUUUAUCUGGAUACACCUUUUUAUAUCAACAUUGUUGCUUUGUUUGAAUGAUUUCUUUUUUUUUUUGUACCUUGCCUAGAUUUUUAUACCUGUCUUGUCUGCCUGCUCUUUAUCCGUGGAGAUGAUUGGACUGUAAAUAACUCGAGAUGUGUUUGUAAGUGACAAAUCACUGAGAGUCCGCUGGACUCUGCCCGCCCCUCCCUCCAUACAGAUGCGUGAAGUCUCGGGCAUCUGGCCGCCCUGCAGUAGGUUCUCCACGGUUGGCUCUGUACACUGAGCAGGGCUGGCGGAGAGGAGGACGGGCAGACCCGAAGCGCUUGAGCCUUGUUGUUUUGUUUUUUUUUAGCUUCCUACUUAAAACCUUAUUCACAAAACGCUGCUCCGCCCCGCGUAUUAACGGACGAGCACGUGCGUCAGAUUUAGUCUUAACCCUCCGUGAAGGGGGGGUCCGUUAUAACGCCACACCUCUGAGCGGCAUAACGCGUCCCGUCCCGACCCCCCCGCGCCGUCUUCCUCGGAUGACGCCACCUCGGCGGCCCCCUGUUUCAUGGACAUUUGAAUAUGUAAUGAGUAACACUUAACCGGUUACAUUUUUAUGGAUUUACCGCCAGCCAUCUUAAAGAUGCAGUUGCGUAAAGUCACAGCGGCGUUCACGUUUGACCGAAUGUGUUGGAACUGGACACUUAAUGUCGAUUAGUUCAUCUAGCGUCAGUAUUCUCUGCGCGGACACCGGGGCGUUGUUGAGUGUCGCGCUGCUGCCACCUACCGUUUACUGCCGGAACUGCAUCUGUAAAUGGUUUUUUUUUUUUUUUCCCCUCUGGGCACCAAUCAAAAUAUGAAUUUGUAUGAUUAUUAUAUUUCAGUGUAUUUUUAAAUCCUCUCUAUUUAGUAGGCCUGCCAUGUUGUACAUUCAUAUUUACACAAGUGUUAUUAUUGUCGCUGACGGUAGUUUUGGUUAGGAUUGUACAGUGUUGAUGGUCGUGAAUCGUACGGUAUCUCCUGGACUACACAUGUGCCUCGGUUACACGUCAUUACAAGGAUGUGCGCAGUAUACAUGUGCAGUUACUUUAAAGCUUGUACGGGGGGGGGGUGUUUGCGCGCACGUGUGCGCGCAUGCGCGGAUGCGAGGUCGUAUGUGUGAACGAUAAACACAAGACGGAAAAAGUAAGUAAAAGAUGGCCACUGAUCAUGUCGUGUAACUGACAAGUCAAGAGUCCCGUGUUCUGCCUUGGCUCCUUUUUAUAAGGCAGAAGUUAGAAAUAGCAAAAGCUGUGUUGAGACCACAUUUGUACAAAAUAAAUAUUUGUACUGACCUUU